AUGGAGGAGAUAUUGAACGACCGGCGAGCUCUCAGAACUUCUCUGGCCGUCCGCAGAAGGGGAAGAUGGCCUUUGCAUUCUUGCCCGAGCCACCGCUCUCUUGGAGCAGUCCGGAGGACGACAGCUCCUCUAACCCCGUGGUUGGCCAGUUGUGAAAUACCAUCCAAACAAUCCACUCUGCAGCGGAUGGGGCGAACAGUCGGGCAAACGGUACCCGAGGUAGGCAAAUUCUGUCUUCGCGUUCGCCCUUCGAUGUCUUCGGUCGGGAGAAGCACACCUUUGUUGAGGUAUCUAUUUCAGACACACGACGUCGCGACUCAAUGUAGGAUUCGCCUCUCUAUGCAAGAUCAAGUGAGUUAUGACACGGAAUUACAACUCUUCCCAACACUAACAUCGGUUAUAUAUUAUUCUUCGUUCUGACGAAUCAAUCGAAAAUACGAAUGACUAUGCAUGGCAUUCUUGAUGAUUUGGAAUUUUCUCUUCUCCGACAACAAACAGUCGUGGCACCAUAAUACUACAGAUUUUACAUUGCUACUAGAAGCGCCGCAUUCUUUCGUACUUGCAAGAGAAGGUCAGGGCACUCUUUCGUAUGCUAAAAAAUCGAAGCAGGUCUUGGCGUAUUCCUUAUCCCUAGAGGAAGAAGAGCGACGUCUUACCUGUAGCAUGACACAUAGGAUUUUUAGUACUCCUUUUCAAGCAUCCAUGAGGUGAAAGCAUUUGCGGCCUUCAUUAUGUAUUGUCGUCAGCAUGAAUAUGAUGAUAUAGAAAAUUUCAUUUUGUUAGAACAAGAGGACAGGCGGCUAGGCUUCUGGUCCGGAUGCGCUUCUGUGCGAAAUUGUAG